AUGCCUCCCCUCCUCGAACUGUGCAACAUAGCCUGCUACCUGGAGAAGGGAUCGAACAUCUUCUCGGACAUCAACUUCACCGUUAACGAAGGUGACAUCCUGGUUCUGCAGGGCAGGAGUGGGUCGGGCAAGUCGACUUUGCUCAAGUGUAUUGCGCAUCUGGUUAUGCAUAGUGGGGAGACGCUGUACAGGGGAAAGACGGCGCAGGCUAUAGGCAUCCCCUCGUAUCGAACCCGCAUCCUCUACGUCCCCCAACGCCCCGCCCUCCUCCCCGGCUCCCCACGCGACUUCCUCGUAUCUAUAACCAACCUCCGAGCACACAAAGCCAUCGUCUGCGACACCCUCGACGGGAGCGCGGAUGUCGUCCUGCAACGGGCAUACGAGAUAGGUGAGGAGUGGGGGAUCGAUCGCGAACUCUGGGCGAGGGGGUGGAUAAACCUGAGUGGAGGCGAGGGACAGAGGAUUCUGUUGGCGUCGGCUGUGGCGCUGAAUACGGCGGAGGUGCUGCUGCUUGACGAACCCACCUCCGCACUAGACUCGGAGACCUCAGCUCUCGUCGAGAGGACACUCACGGAGAAAGUCCGCUCAGGGGACACCACUCUCAAGUCCCUAGUCUGGAUCACACACUCGCCUGAACAAAGCAGACGUGUGGGGACGCGGUUCAUCUACCUCUCCGCGGGAGGGUGCUACGAGAGCGACGAUCCCAGUCCGAUACCCAGCUCGCACACACCCUCCAUCAUACAUUCGCGUUCUAUGACUAUCAGCUCGACGGCGUAG